AAUAAAUAAAAUAAAAAUUACACUAUAUUAUUAAAUAAAUACGAUGGGAAGAAGUAAUAAUAGUGAUAAUAAGUACUAGAAAUAAUAAUUGAUGUGAAGUAUAGUUUACUUCAUCAGUCUAUGUGAUCCACUUUCAGACAAUUUACACCCUGAUCACGACAACAUAACGGAUCAUCAGUUAGUGUGUGUCUGUGUGUGUGUGAGAGAGAAAUAGAAAUAGAAUAUCCCAUAAUCUUUUUACUUGACAAAGAUAUUUAUAUAAUGUUACUAUUACUAUUAUCUUUCUGAAUUUAUGCAAAGAAAUGCGAGGCUAAUUAAUCUAGAUCUUUUCUGAUCUGAUUCUUGUUUUUUGUGUAUUGUGAGUAACAGGCUACUUUCUAGGUGACCUAACAACUAGGGUGGAAAAUUCAGCCACUGUGUUGGUUUUGCUUGACCCGACCCGAAUGUAAAUUGGGUUUUCUUGAAAACCCGGAUUUUAUUUUGUUUUUAUGAGCUGAAUUGAAGUGAAAUUUUGGAACAAGAUUGGAUUUUGAUGAGAUGGGGUUUUCUUGAAAAGUGGUAUUAUUUGUUUUUUGGAGGUUAAUUGAGCUGAAAUUUUGUGAAAAGUUUGGAUUUUGAUGAGAUGGGGUUUUCUUGAAAAGUGUUUUGUUUGUUUUUGGAGGUUAAUUGAGCUGAGAUUUUGUGGAAAGUUUGGAUUUUGAUGAGAUGUGGUUUUCUUGAAAAAGGGUUUUAUUUGUUUUUUGGGGGUUAAUUGCAGUGAAAUUUAGUGACAAGUUUGGAUUUUGAUGAGAUAGGGUUGUUGAAGAUGGGCUUUUUGCAGUGAAGAGUGACUUUGGGUAUAAGCAGAGUGCAUAAAUUAAAGUUUCAGGAAUAUGGCAACUCCAGUUGAGCCACCAAAUGGGGUUAGGACCCCAGGGAAGCAUUACUAUUCUAUGUGGCAAUCCCUUUUUGAAAUCGAUACAAAAUAUGUACCUAUUAAGCCUAUUGGUCGAGGGGCAUAUGGAAUUGUUUGUUCUUCUGUUAACAGGGAAACAAAUGAGAAGGUUGCAAUCAAGAAAAUAAACAAUGCUUUUGAGAAUCGUGUUGAUGCUCUGAGAACGUUGCGUGAACUGAAGCUCCUUCGCCACCUUAGACAUGAAAAUGUGAUUGCUCUGAAAGAUGUCAUGAUGCCAAUCCACAGGCGAAGUUUCAAAGAUGUUUAUCUGGUUUAUGAACUGAUGGAUACAGAUUUACAUCAGAUAGUCAAAUCCUCUCAAACACUUACAAAUGAUCAUUGUCAGUAUUUCCUAUUCCAGUUGCUUCGCGGUCUGAAGUAUCUCCAUUCUGCAAAUAUUCUUCAUCGUGACUUGAAGCCCGGGAACCUGCUUAUCAAUGCUAACUGUGAUCUGAAAAUCUGUGAUUUCGGGCUUGCACGUACAAGCAGUGGCAAGGACCAGUUCAUGACUGAAUAUGUAGUUACACGCUGGUAUAGGGCUCCGGAACUCCUCCUUUGCUGUGACAACUAUGGAACUUCUAUUGAUGUAUGGUCUGUUGGUUGCAUUUUCGCGGAGCUCUUAGGGAGGAAGCCCGUCUUUCCAGGUACCGAAUGCCUUAACCAACUGAAACUGAUUAUCAACAUCCUUGGCAGCCAGAGGGAAGAAGAUUUAGAAUUUAUCGACAAUCCAAAGGCGAGGAAGUACAUCAAAUCACUUCCAUACUCUCCCGGAACACCAUUUUCCCGCCUCUAUCCCCAAGCUCAUCCUUUGGCCAUUGAUCUCCUGCAGAGGAUGCUCGUCUUUGACCCUUCAAAAAGAAUCAGCGUCAUGGAAGCACUUCAACACCCGUACAUGUCUCCUUUGUAUGAUCCGAACACUGAUGCCCCUGCACAGGUUCCUAUCAAUCUUGACAUAGACGAGGACUUGGGGGAAGAGACGAUAAGGGACAUGAUGUGGACGGAAAUACUUCAUUACCAUCCUGAAGACACCGCAGCUGCUAUGGAAGCUGUUCUGUAAGCUUACGUUAGAGCUUUCUGUAACUUAAUCUAAAAAUGUUUCCCCUGCUUUCAAUAAAUAUCGAGUCUUGAUUCAUCGACAGUUUGAGCUGCGAUGCAUAAAAAGAACUGCUCAAUUAUAAAAGCUGGAACUUCUUGAGCAUGUACUUCUUAAUCUGUAUAUAGGUGUGGUUUUGUACCUUUUAUUAUGGACCUUUACGCUACAUGAAUGUACGGACAGUUUUAGUUGUUGUACUAACUGUUUGUGAUAUGUCUAUCGGAAACAGCCUCUCCACGA